AUGCGUAAAAGGCGGUCACCGACUGGCGAGGACAUAAUAACCACACGGCCUCGAGGUCGCAACUUACAAACCCGGACAACCAAGCCACUUGCUAAUGCCUCUACGAAACGCACACGUUCGCUUCCUGCAGUAAGCCAACCAUCGCCAAUGCUGGAUAAGGAAGACCACCUCGGUUGGCAAGAACCACUUUCGGUAUGGAACCAGAACGCACCUCGCGUUUACAUAUGCGUGGUACUAUGCUUCCCGUGCGAUAACCAACGGCGGACAGAUGCAAUCCGUCAUAUCGAAUCUGCUCUCAAACGUCUAGCGAGAGAACGACCAGUCUUCGCCGGGAGGCUUCAGGCUAGCAGUAACAGCGGGAACGUCUCGCUUCACCGGUCACCCUCACAGGAUAUUCCUUUCCAAGUGCUCCCCGCAAGCGAAACGAGUCGGCAAGAAUAUUCGCGGAUGAAAGAGGCCGAAUUCCCACCUGGUACAUUCGUCGGCCCUCGAUUUGGCGCCUCGGGCAUUGUAAGCUCCAACCUUGAAUCGGUACCAGUAUCAAAAGUGCAGGCAGAGUUCCCUCCCGGAGGCCUACUGCUUUCCAUCUUCCUACACCACGGGUUGGUGGAUGGAGGAUCAUUGCGCGUGUUUCUGGAAUGCUUUGCCGCUCAGACUCGGAACACACUAGUUAACUUACCUUCAGAACAGACGUUUCCUAUGUUACAUAACCGGAAUCAGAAAGGUCCAAUUACCAUACACAAUAAUAGUUCUACUUUCAAGAGCCUGCUAUCACAAUGUCCAGAAUAUACGAUGCUAAAGGAUCUUAGCGGCCCAACGCAGCCGCGGAUUCUAAAGAUUGGGCCACCUAUGGCCAAUAUCGAGAAGACAGGCAAGAUCUUCGUUUUCAGGAACGAGCGACUGCAGGAACUUCGAGAGCUGAUUCGGUCUCGAAAUGGCGGAGUAGAGUCGCCGUCGGCCUACACAAGCUUAGCCGCCCUUGCCUUUGCGCAUAUCACGAAGGCUCGCGUGGCAGCCGAAAACAACUUACCCGGGGUGCAGCCACGACGGACUGCCAUGUUAUGGAAUUCGGUGAAUUGGCGAACGAGAGCGUUCAAGGAUGUUACAGAUAACUACUUUGGUAAUGCAGCUCUACCAGUUGUCACGAAGGCGCUCAUGUCUCAUGUAAUUGCUGCUUGCGACGACGACAACCAGCUGGCUCGUCUUGUCCCGCUUGUAAAAACGUCUAUCGACGCCGUCGACCAAGAAUACGUCAACCGGCGCCUCGCCAUGCUAUGCGAAGUGCCUGACCCUCGCCUUGUAGGAGUUAACUACGACCCACGGAUACCCGGAGCGCUAGCGUUCAACACAUGGCGGCAUUUCGGCGCGGAUGUUCAAUGGAACAUACCGGGGGUGCCCGUGACUAGGGCGGAUGCAAUAAGGAGGGCUCACGGUUCGUGGAGCCUUGGUACAGCAUUGAUACUCCCGGCCAAAGCGGAUUCGAUGAAGCAAGAGUUGUUUGUGAGCUUACCAGUUGAUUCGAUGAGGAUGCUAUGCGCCGACGCUGGGUGGAUGAGAUGGGUUGAUAGGAUCAUAGGUUGA